AUGAGUAAUCUAUAUGUCACCGAGCCAGUACCCAAUGGAAAGGUUAUCCUCGAUACCACCUCAGGAGAGGUCGAAAUGGAGCUAUGGGGCAAAGAAGCGCCUAAGGCUGUUCGCAACUUCCUACAACUUGCUAUGGAAGGCUAUUAUGAUGGCGUCAUCUUCCACCGAGUCGUCAAGGGCUUCAUCGUCCAGACUGGUGAUCCGACGGGGACAGGGACAGGCGGAGAGAGCAUAUAUGGGGAGCCGUUCGCAGAUGAGAUCCACGGGCGACUGAAGUUCAGCCGGCGAGGUCUGAUAGGUAUGGCCAAUAGCGGGAAACGGUCGACGAAUACAUCACAAUUCUUCAUCACGCUGGAUGCGGCGAACGAGUUGACUGGGAAGCAUACGGUCUUUGGGCGGAUCAUGGGGAAUACGAUAUACAAUGUACUCAGUAUAGGCGAGCUCGAUGUUGACGCGGAUGAGAAGCCAAAGCGACCACCAAAGAUCCGCGGCAUCCGGAUUGUCGAGAACCCAUUCGAUGAUAUCGUCCCUCGUAUCACAGCGUCCGAAAAGCGUGCACAGCAAGCUGCGAGGCUGGAGGCGAAGCGGGAGAGCGAAGUGAGGGAGAAGCGCGCCAAGGCCAAGAAGAACACUGGCUUGCUGAGUUUCGGAGAGGCGGAAGAGAUUCCAGAGGAGGCGGUGACGGUCAAGAAGAAGGGAAUGGGCAGACAAGACUUAGUGGAGACGCUGGAUGAGCGGCCAAAGAAGAAGCAAGCCGUCGAGUCUUUUGUCGAUCUGCCGCCAUCACUGCAGGAUCUUGGAGCGGAUAAGGAUCAGGGCAAGGUAAAGAAGGCGAAGGUGGAUCUGAAGGAUAUCAGGGCUCAACAUGAGCGGGACCGGCUUGGCGAUAGUGCCGCCCGAGAAGCCGAGAUCAAGCGGAUGCAAGACGACCUUCGAAAGCUGAAGAAACUUUCCGGCCAAAACUCCGACUCUGACUCUGACUCGGAUGACGGACGGCGCAAGGGAACCUCUUACCUUCAAGAAGAGCUCGCCAAGUACUCGAAGAACAAAGGCCUCGCCGCGAAACAACGACAGAUCAACCGGAAAGGCCGAAAAGAUGAGGAGGAUGACCUGAUUGAGGCCAUGUCCAUGUUCAGUCAAAAGGUCAAGAAGGUAGUAGAUGACGAGGAGACGGAUAGGCUCGACGCGGAGGAAAGAGGGAACGUGGAUGAGGUGGAAAAUGGCGAAGAUGGGAUCUUUGGGGCGUCGAGAAUGGGAGCGGAGCCGGUCAAGGAUGUGGAAGGGGAGGUGGAUGAUGAUGUGGGCUGGAUGAAGCAUAGUCUGAAGUUUAUGGUGGAUGAGAAGGAGUUGACGCGGCGAGCAGAGGAGGAGUACUCUGUCAUCGAUCCGCGAGUCAAAGCAAAGGAGUUGGCGAGAGCAGAAGCCAUGGCAGCGGAGAAGAAGAAGACCAAGAAGCAGCUCGCUUACGAGCUCAAGCACAAGCCUUUCUGA